AUGGCUGCUCAUCUGCCCUCGCCCGCCACCUUGGUCACACUGCCCUUUGAUGUCCUCUACCUGAUCGCCCAGGAUAUGGAUUUCUCCAAUUUUGUUCAUCUGAGCCGCACCUGUCGGGCUAUGUACACAUGCAUGAGAAGUGAACUCAUCGCACGCCGAAUUGUUGAGAACGGCAUCGCCUGCACCAAAGAAGGUCAUCGGGCCUUGUCGGGCGAGCUCGGCUAUCUCAGGGCGGUUGGGCAUCGCUUCGACAUUCAAGAAGCUUUAGCCACCGCUUCACCUUAUGCAGUGGCCAUGGUGGCAUAUGCCAAAAACUUUGUCUACCAGAAUGGUGUGCUUUGCUAUCUGACCGGUCAUCAAAUCCGUGUGCUGGACGUUCAUCGGUCGGCGCGGCAAGAGCACGUCCUGGAUUUGGAUGACAUUGUCCCCCGCCUCGCUGGCCCGGGAGUCGGCUCUUCAAUCCUGGAUCAUCCGGAUAGCCUCAAACUUCUUGGAUUCCACCAAGGGGUGGUCGUGUUCAGUCUUGCCGGCGUGCGUCAUGAACGCGACACUUUGAUUGCCCUCGACGUGACGCAUCGGCUGACUCACCGGCCUCGGCGACUACUCCUGGACAAGCCUCUGCCCGAAUCGAGUGCAGUCGUGGUGCGCCACAGCAGUAAAUAUCUGUGGUACGCUUUCCACCUCGAAGAUGCAGGUACCUACGGCACUUGGGUCUGCUGCGGGUACGACCUUCACACACAGCGGGAAUUUACGUUUACCUUGGACCAAAUGGUGACGAGUUACCUGGGUCAGAACAUUUGUUUUGAGAUUCAUGAUGAUUAUCUUUACGUGGUCUCCACGCAAAACAUCACCAAUGACGAUGAUGACAGCCACUCGUCGUUCUUUGACUGGGUGUGUUUUGCCCCCCGCCGCGAAGAUCAAAAGUGGUCCGGCCGGAUCUGGCGUCGUGAACAUCGUGAGGGCCCGAUCGAUGAUUUGUGGAUGAAUCUCUCCAUCCAAAAGUGUCCGGUCACCGGUCGACCCAUGAUUGUGGAAUGUCGUCGAGAGUGGCCGCUGGGCGGAAGCAAGAGUCGUCGAACGAGGUACUCGCAUCCCUUACCCACACCGGACGAACUUGGCACGAUCGAUCCACGAGGGCAUCGCGGAUCGUCGAUCCGCUCACCCUGCGAAGUUUUUGUCAAGGAUUCAAGGUGGGAGAGCGAAGUUGAUCCAAAGGUUGACAGUUUGGUCACAAAACGUCUUCAACGAGAGGAACACCACGAGAAUGAGCUCGACGAGGAUCGGGAUGCGCGCAUGACGUUCAUCUAUGCGCACACCAAAUACCACAAUUAUGAUUUUGCAAGCUCCACCUUUAUCGAUCUCGUGAGUGACCACAUCCCCCAGCCCCACGGCAGGCAAAUGCAAGAUCGCCUCCGCCUGCGGGCCGUUUCGCGCAAGCGACGAUACCCCAGUGAGGAGGGAGGCUCCGUGGGUCCAACAUGUGGGCUUAAAGUCCCACCCACCAAAAGAGCUAUGAAUGUGCAUCCCAAGCAGUUUGUUUCGCGUGGAGUGAGGAUGUGGCCUCCAGAGAAUGCACCAGUCGAGAUCCAUCGGCUUCUCACCCCGACCGCCCAAGCCGGGCGAGUGAAUGCGGUAAGCGAUGACCGCUCGCUUAUCUAUUCCGUCGCUUGCCCGGGCCUUCCUGAGCAUCACCAAGCUCUGGUCCUGAUCAGUUUUGACCCUUCCCUCCGCAUACCGUCGAUGAGGCCAUUACAGCUAGACCAGGCCCUGGAAUCGACAACGGACGUCACAAAGAGGUCCUCUUUUCAGGAAAUGCUCGCUUACGAAGUUGGUCAAAAUACCCUUGUCAAAGAGGCCCGGCCCAUGUACGAGGCCAUUGAUCGGGGGUUCUGGCUACGUUGA